AUGGCGCCCCAGGGUCUUUUAGGAAGCUGUCUAUUCCUUCUGGUUUCUUUGCACAUGCUCCAGGAAGCUCGUGACGGCUGGGAUCCACCUGAGUCUGGCUCUGUAGCUCACUUCCGGGCACUUCUCUACCUGACCUAUACAUCUGAACUGGUAUCUGACCUGGUUAACCUGUCAGCCACAGCCAGAUUUCAAGCCAUACGAUCAUUACCUAAGCCGUUUUACGAGAAGAAAACAAUCAGGGACAGAGUGAACUCUGUCAAACUCUCAAAGGCCAUCCUCGCCCCAGACUGUCGUCAACAUGUGUCUCGGUCUUUCCGCAGAUUUCGUGCCAGCUUGGCAUCAGCCAGGCAGCAUUUGAUUAUAUGGCAGGACACUCUGAAGGAGAUCGGCGGCAGGUUUGGCACAUCUGUCCUCUCCUACUUCUUGUUCCUUAAGUGGCUGCUGAAGUUCAACCUCUUCUCCCUCAUCAUCAACUUCUGCUUCAUCACAAUCCCACAAAUUGUGCACGCUCCCAAUAUCAGCAGCAUCACAGGCUUCAGAGGACUUGAGCUCCUCACUGGGGUGGGUUAUUUCAACCAGACGGUCUUGUUCUAUGGUGGUUACGAUGGUGAAGUAAUCGCAUCCAAACCUGCCUACAACAUGCAGUUGGCCUAUUUUUUCACUGUAGCUGCAUAUCUGGUGUUGUGUGGGGUGUCUCUUAUCUACAGCAUGUCCAGAUCCUUCCAGAACAACUUUGUGCUGGAGACAGGACCCGUCUCUGAAGGAGCGUGGCGUCUCCUGUGCAGCUGGGAUUUCAGUGUUGUCAAUGAAAAAGCAAUACAGUACAACAAGAACAAUCUCGCCAUUCAGCUGAAGGAGUCCUUAUCAGAAAGGUUACAGGUGAAAAACAAAACGUCUCUGCCUGACCGAAUAAAACACCUGUCUCUCCACCUUCUGGCCUGGCUACUCUCUUUAGGACUUGCCCUAGGAUCUGGUGCAGGCAUCUACUUCCUGGGGACAAAACAAGAACUGGCCUUCGGUUUCAGUCAAGAUCCAAGUGAUUUAGGCUCAGAGGCAUCUACUCUGCUUCUGCCUGUGGUCGUGUCGCUCAUCAACCUGAUAGUGCCUCUAUUUUACUCUCUCAUCGACAAAAUAGAGAGCUACUCCAACCCACGCGCAAAGAUCUACAUCAGCAUUGUGAGAAGUGUUAUUUUGAAGAUGUCCAUUCUUGGUAUCCUUUGCUUUUACUGGCUACACGUUGUUCCCGACAGUAUCUCGUGUUGGGAGUCCUUUGUGGGGCAGAGCGUGUAUCGACUGCUGAUAAUUGACUUCAUAUUCUGUCUGCUUGGCAUUUUCUUUGGGGAAUUCCUACGGUAUUUCUCUCACUCUCUGCUGUAUUAUGGAUAUUACAGUAACAAAAAGCUGCAUACAGGCUGUAACGGGACGUCCUGUAGUUCUGAACUGUCUUAUAACAUGCCUCUGGCUUAUUUCUUCACCAUCGGCGCCGCCUUCUUCAUCACCUGCAUCAUCCUCGUCUACAGCAUGUCAAAGUCUUUCGGUCAGAGUUUCCGCAUCGAUAAAUCUAAAGGUCUGUUGGCCAUAAAGGUCUUCAGCUCGUGGGACUUUAAAGUCAUCAAGAAAAGUUCAGUUAAACUGCAGCGAGCGAACAUCGGCACACAGCUGAAGAAAAACACAAUAUAUGUAUAUCACAUAAAAAUGUUUCUAUAUGGAGGUUUGAAGUGUAUUUUAACAGUAAGUGUGUGUACAUGUUUAUUUCCCAGGAACCUGCUGCUGAAGGUGAGCGUGCUGGGAGUGCUGUGUUAUCACUGGCUGUACCGCGUGGCGUCGUAUCCUGAAAGUCUGGGCUUACAGUGCUGGGAGAGUUUCGUCGGGCAGGAGCUGUACCGAUUCCUCCUGAUGGACUUCAUCUUCAUGCUGCUGGACACCUUCUUUGGAGAGUUUCUCUGGAGUGUAAUCGGAACCAUGUGCAUCCAGAGUCUUGGCGUCCCAGAGUUUGACAUUGCUAGGAAUGUACUUGAUCUGAUCUACGCCCAGACUCUGGCUUGGAUUGGAAUUUACUUCUCCCCCCUACUUCCUGUAAUGCAAGUCCUGAAAUUGUUUAUCAUCUUUUACUUAAAAAAGAUCAGUCUGAGUAUGAACUGUCAGCCUCCCAAACACACAGGCAGAGCCGCUCAGAUACAAACAGUCUUCAUCGCCCUACUCUUCUUCCCUUCGUUUGUGGGAGCACUGACCAUGGUAGCAUUCACAGUCUGGAGCCUGAAGCCCUCAGACCAGUGCGGGCCCUUCCAGGGUCUGGACACCCCCUUCCGCACAAUUUUCAAUUGGACUGCUUCUUUGCCUGAGAAUCACUGGGUCUGGUGGAUUUUUGAAAACAUACUGAGAAGUGAACUCUUCUACUACCUGAUUAGCCUCAUCGUCCUAGUCUUCACUUAUUUUCUCUGGCAAAUCACUCAGGGACGGAAACAGCUCAUCAAGUCUCUGCGAGAGCAGAUUGUGAAUGAAGGAAAGGACAAAGCAUUUCUCUUGAAUAAACUGCAAACUCUACAGAAGGAGAGAAGGGAGACGGCAUCCUACAGACCUCAGAACUUUGACCAGACGCCACAUUUCAACCCAAACUGGAUGAGCACACUGCCCUUGGAUAUGUGAAAUACAUUCUUUAUUUUUAUACUGUACAUGCUUUUUUUGUGUAUAUUGCA